ACACGUCUCUCUCUUUCUGUCCAGCUCCCUCGUUUCCGCCUUUUACUUUUUGUUCACGCCUCUCUCUCUCUCUCUCUCUCACAGUCCGGCGACGAUCCCAAAUUGUCGGUCUGGUUCUCGCCGGGAAGUCGAGCUCAGCUCCGCCGUGUAACCUGAAUUCCUUGGUUCCGAUCCAUCACAUCAUCUCUCAGCCAUGAAUCCCGAAUACGACUACUUGUUUAAGCUUUUGCUCAUUGGAGAUUCUGGUGUUGGGAAGUCAUGUCUCCUCCUGAGGUUUGCUGAUGACUCAUACUUGGAGAGCUACAUCAGCACCAUUGGAGUCGAUUUCAAAAUCCGCACGGUGGAGCAGGAUGGGAAAACUAUCAAACUACAAAUUUGGGAUACUGCAGGACAGGAACGGUUUAGGACAAUAACAAGCAGUUACUAUCGCGGUGCUCAUGGCAUCAUUGUCAGUAUUGCAUCUUUAGCAUCUUAUCAGGGCAGCUUCUUCCCAAUCCCAAUGUGCAGGAUUACAUGUUCAUUAUUUACUCUUGUAUACCAGGUUGUCUAUGAUGUGACUGACCAAGAGAGCUUCAACAAUGUUAAGCAGUGGUUGAGUGAAAUCGAUCGCUAUGCAAGCGAAAAUGUGAACAAGCUUCUAGUGGGGAACAAAUGUGAUCUCACAGCACAGAAGGUUGUCUCCUAUGAAACAGCCAAGGCAUUCGCGGAUGAGAUCGGGAUACCAUUCAUGGAAACGAGUGCCAAGAAUUCCACCAAUGUGGAACAGGCCUUUAUGGCCAUGGCAGCUGCAAUCAAGAACAGGAUGGCAAGCCAACCAGCAAUGAACAGUGCUAGGCCUCCGACAGUGAACAUCCGGGGACAGCCGGUGAACCAAAAGGGGGGAUGCUGUUCAUCUUGAGGACAGGAAAGACCCUGGAAAUUGAUAAAGGAGCUGCUGAUUUGCUUAACGCGUUGUAUGUGGGUUGGGCUCCUCUGUUCGCUUGUAAAACUAGCUUCUUUCCCCAAACACUUUGCACAUGGAGACCUAGAUAUGAUACGCAUCUCUGUAUGUUAUUUUCAGUUCUUUUGCUCGCAUUUUCCAAUUCUUUUCCACGCACCUAAUUCUCGACGUAUGUACAAAUUAGGGAAAAUUUGGUUAUUUGCCUGAAUUUUCCAGCUUUAUCUUUUCUUGUGCGAUGCAACUGUUUUCCGGAU